UCUCUUGUAUAUCAGGUGCACAGGUGGUAUCUCUUUCACUCAAGACAUACUGUAGAUACAUGCUUUUGUAAGAGUACGAUUGUCACCGUUUUAUGAAUGUAUAAAACAGGCAACUAAGAAUUGUGAUGUGUUAUUUGUCAGUGUUACUCCAUACGGUGAUAUGGAUGCCCCACAGCAGAAUCUUGAAGGCUUCAUUACGACUUUUGGUGUAGCUCAAGCUGUUGGAGCAUUGACUGUUAUCUUGGUGACUGUUUGGGCUGGACAUUAUCGUGGAGGUUUUGCAUGGCGCUCCAAUGUUGACCUUGAAUUCAACUGGCAUCCUGUCCUUAUGACGUUCGGAAUGAUAUUUUUGUAUGCAAAUUCUAUUAUGAUUUACCGAGCAUUUCGAAACAAUCGCAAGCGCCGAUUGAAGGUAGCACAUAUGCUGAUACAUGUUAUUGCCUUCAUACUUGUCGUCAUUGGUCUUGUAGCAGUAUUUGAUUCUCAUAACCUCAAGGAGCCACCAAUUCCAAACCUGUAUACGUUGCACAGUUGGAUAGGUCUUUCAGCUGUCAUUUUGUUUGCUUGUCAGUGGGCUUCUGGAUUUGUCACAUUCUUCUUCCCUGGGCUUCAGUCACCUCUACGAGCAACAUACAUGCCUGUACAUGUGUUCUUUGGUCUCGCAGGCUUCAUUGCAGCUGUGAUAGCUGCUCUUCUAGGUUUAACAGAGAAAGUUUUAUGGACUUUAAAUACGAAUUAUGCUAAACUGCCUGCUGAGGGAAUUUUGAUAAACUUUAUUGGAGUACUGCUGGUUGCAUUUGCUGGUCUUGUGAUGUACCUUGUAACUGAACCUAGAUUCAAGAGGCAACCUCUGCCUGAAGAUGAGAUGCUGCUAACAUCUGGUCGAGAGUAACAUUAUUUGCAGAUAAACCCAGACAACAUAAGCUGUAUCUCUAAAGAAACCUUGCUUUUGUUAUUUGUACUUAUCGUAAUGUGUGUAAGCAUAAUGAGUUUUAUAGUUACAUAUGUUGAAAAUAGUGGAAGUACAGAUGUAUGGUAUUACAGUCUUGAAAAUUCAUGAUAACUGAGAGGAGAGGGGACUCAAUAAAAGAAUGCUUAUAAGUCAAAAUUAUCAUAAUUUAAAUUCAUGCAUUUCAUAACAAACUUUUCAAGCUAUCACUGCAGUUGUAAUUUUAAUGAAUAUGCAUGCAGUAGUGACACAGUAUACUGCCAUCAUCCAAGGAAGGUUUCUGUCUAUACCUCCCACUCUAGUUUUCCAUAUUCCCUGAUGACUGGUCACAGAAUGUGAAGGAUGCCAUAACACAUGUUGCUAGAUACAUAUACUGGAAUGUGUGGCAACAUACAACAUUUUGGAACUUCAUAAAUCUGAUCUGAAGCUUAGUCCAACUGAUGAGGGUGCUGUGUAGUUACUUCUCAGAUCAUUCAUUAUGUAUGAGAGUCAGUAUAUUUGCAUUUAUAUUAUGGAAUAACUACAUAAUACUGUGCCUAGUAAAUUGAUUCUGAAUGGAUUCAUUAUGACUUUUCCAUUUGUGAUAAUCAUUAUGGAUACUUUGAAUUAUUUUGCUUUUUGAGAUGUACCUGUAUAUGCACAAUUCCACGCAUAUAUUUCUGUUAUUAGGCAUGUAUAAGUAUGCAGAGAGAGACUGAUAAACUUUUUUCAUCUUCAAAAAUGGAUGAACCUGGCCACAGUAGAGGGUAGCAUCCAACAAGAGGUUAUCAUAUAAAAUUAUCUGGCAGCAUGAAAAGGGAAGUUUUGCGCACAAUAAUGGCAUAAGUAUCUCCAUCCUUUGAAGACUGAAGGACUGGGAAAUAUACACUUCUGAAGACUGUAGAUGCCUUUGUAAGGUUUAUAUACUGUUUUUAGCAGGAAUCUCAUUUUGCCUUGUUUUGCUGUAACUUCUGCAACAGUAAUAUUUACAUGUCCAAAAACGAUUAAUAAAUCCUCAUAGUUCAUACACAUCCCAAAUUAUAUGAAAAUAAAUGACAAGAUUUGUGCAGUAGACUUAAUUUUUAUACCACUUUUAUGUAGGUCUUGGAAGAAUUAAUAUAUUUAAGUACAAGAGUAAGGUAAGAGUUUUCUUAUACCUCAUAUAUAAUGAUUAUGAUAAUUAGAUAAAGGUAAAAAAGAUACAGCAUAUAUCCUUAAUUGAGCAUCAUUCCAUGAAGAUGGAUGAGUGAGUGGAGGUACAGUUUGAUGCAUUCUUAACCUCUGCACAAUAUGGUGGUGAGAUGUCACCUUCUUGCCUAACUACUUUACCCCUGGGGAAAUGACCACCAGUACACACUGGAUAGGAAGCUGGUUGGGUCCCUCAGCUGGUCUGGAACUGUAGGAAAGGGAAACAUUCUCUUUCCCAUGCCAGAAAUUGAACCAUGAUUUCUCAGUCAUCUGGCCUGUAGUCUAAUUGCUAUACCAACUGAGCUAUCCCAUCUCCCCUUAUGAUAAUUUCACAUGUAAUAUUCUCUGUUGGGUGGACAUUCAAUUCUGACAAGUACUAUACUUUCUAUGGCCAUAUAUAAAAUUAUAUUUUUGUACUUAUUAAUUCAGUUCCGUGGCUUCUGCCAUAGUCCACCGUUCCUGUGACACCUGAACCAACUGGCCUAUGAAACAUCUGUGGGUAUUUAUAUAACAGAAUUAUUACGUAUUUUGAAAAAUUCUUACCGUGAUUUCCGCUUUCUUAAAGAGAACCAUGUGUAAAAAUGACUUGUUUCACUUUCACACAAGGCACACCUCAAUCUUUUUUUAUAAGAGAAUGAAGCUUAUAGAGACAUAUUUUGUCAUUCUAUUGUGGCAGCAAAAUGAAUUAAAAAUUGUCUGUCUCUUCAGGUGAUCACAUUAAUAUUCUGAGCUUCUAAUCCCUAAAUGGUAAAUACUUUCCAGUCCUACUUAAUGCUUGAUCCUGUCACAUCGUCAGGAAAUUUGAGAAAAGAUGAUAUUUUUGCUAAAAUAUAUUUGAAAUUGCAUUAUUAUAUUUUUUUUUUUUAAUUGAAAAUAUACUUUUUUAUUUUUUGUGCUUGCAUCCAUGCAUACUUCUAGCAAGUCAGCAAGAUUUAAUAUAGAAAUUGAAAAUAUUCUGUAAACAUAAAAAUUAGUUCUAGGGCCCAGCCUUUUAAAACAACUAAUAGUGUGAUUUCAAACUUUUUUUUUCCACUGCAUUUCCUAGCUUUCUAAAGUUUUGAAAUCUAUUAAGGCAUAGGUACUCAGACUGUGACCUAAAAUAAUACAUAAAUGUAUAUGACUGCCCACAGUUAAAGGUACUGAUGUCACUGGGAUUAAUGAAAUAGAACUCCUCUAAAAGCACUAUGUUAAAUCUUGCUAACUUGCUAGAAGUAUGCAUGGAUGCAAGCACAAUGUAAAUAAUUCUUGAGUGACCCUGAUUGCAGUAAGUUGUAACACCCUGGAUGGUCAUGGCCCACUGUUUGAGAAACAAUGUAUUAAGGAACGAAAGUGCUUACUGUAGGUAUUUAUUACAUUAAUGUGUACAUUGUUAAUAUGUACUUAUAUAUACAAAAAUAUAUAUAAGGGGCCAGGACACCUCAGUCAGUAUAGUCACUGGGUUGUGGGCUGGACAACCAAGGAAUUGGCAUUCAAUUCAUGGCACAGGCAUGAGAUUUUUUCUUCCACAACAUCCAUACUGGCUCUAGAACACACCAUGCCUGCUCUUCAGUGGAUAUUGGGGACCCUUUUCCCAGGGAUAAAAUGGCUGUUACAUAAAGCUCACCAUUCUCCUCUUUGUAGUUCUGAGGUUAAGGAUGCAUGGAGCUACACCUUCACUCUCCCAUGGGUCUUCAUGAUAUGGUGAUUAAUUAAGCACAGGGACAACUUUAUCUUUUUAUAAAAAUCUGAAAUGAAUAAGUAUCACCAAACAUUUCCUGCACUCUGCAUGUACUGAUUUUAAGAUGCUGGUAAUUCUGAUUAUUGUGAGAAAAAGUUGUAUUACUGGAGCUGAGGAUGUGAUGUAAUUCACUUAUUAGAUGAAGAAUGUAACUUUUUAGGUGAUUGUAUAAUUUAACUAUGAAACACAAAAUCCAUAUAUAGUGCAUACAAAAUGAUAUUUUGCACUUCUCAACAAUGCCUGUGUGUUUGUCAAGAUGAAUAUAUUUUGACACCAUAUUAUAGCAAGCUGUUAAAUUAGUAAACAAGUUAGAAUUUUUGUGAAGAACUUUGAAUGUGCUUCAUGGUGUAUAUGAAAUGAUAUUCUAAUGAUGCUUUUCUUGUGGACCUUAAUAAGCUUAGUUAUGGCAUUCUGAAAGGGCUUCAUUAUGCUUACAAUAAAGGGUUAAAUGAACUGAUUCAUGAAUUAUCACUGUAGUAGAAAAGUUUAUGUAUGUAUAAUCAGUAAUGUGUUGGAUAUGUAUUAAAAUAUUUAAUGUA